AUGGGCGUGGUCAGCGUGUUAUGGGCGUGGCCUGGCUGGUGUGGGCGUGGCCCCAUGCAAUGUAGGCGUGGCUCGACUGGGAGUGGGCGUGGUUUGAUGGAUGUGGGCGUGGCCAUGCCGGGAAUGGGCGUGUCCCUCUCUGAGGUGGGCGUGGCCCCCAGGGCGGCCAUGAUGGCGGCCGGGCGGGGCCCGGGGCAGGACGGAGCCUUCGAGGAGGAGGAGGAGGAGGAGGAGGAGGAAGAGGAGGAAGAGGAGGAGGAAGAGGAAGAGGAGGAAGAAACGGCGGCAGCACCCGGGGCCCCGCCCCCGGACGAUGACUCCGCCUCCGAGGCCGCCUCGGUGACGUCAUCAUCGGGGGACAGCCCCUCCCCCCCGCCCUCGGCCAAUGGCUGUGCAGGACCCCGGAGCCGCCCGCAGGGUGAAGACCCUCGACCCUUCCCGGAGCCUGGAGGGGGAGGGGACAGCGAGGGUGGGGGAGGGGCCUCUCACGGCGCAGGGGGCGGUGGGGGAGGGGCAGCAGGGGGUGGGGGAGGGGCGGAGGAUUGGCACCGCUGCCCCGAGUGCGGCCGCGCCUUCGGCACCUCCCGCGCCCUCAAGGUUCACCGCAGCUACCACGUGGGCAGGAAACGCCCCCAAGCCCCUCCCCCAAUGGGCGUGGCCAGGCCUAACCCCUCCCCCACCCCUCCCCCACCCUCCCAAUGCCCCUCCCCCCCGUUCAAAUUCCACUACAUCUGCGCCGAGUGCGGCCUGGGCUUCGCGGCGCCGGCGGCGUUGGGCGCUCACCGCUGCGACCGCCACGGCUGGCCCCCGCCCCUUUCACCCCGAUGA